UGAACCCACCUAUACUUGGAACUUCUCUCAACAAUAUAAACAUUACAACAUGCAGGGCGCAAGCUAGACUAUGAUGCAGCUGAUAAGGCCGAUAUGGGAAUUCUUAAUUCUAAUCCUCGCCAACCUCCUCUCUCAAGCCCCUGCAAUGAAAAUGCCAGGGUUCUACCCGUACCCGAUGCCAUAUUACACAAGCUACUGUCUCAGCUGGAGAGUUGGAGUUGAGGCCAACAAUGUUCGGUAUUUUCAUACUGUUCCUCCUCAAUGUGUCACGUAUAUUGAGAACUACAUGCUUGGGGGUCAAUAUAAUAGCGAUGUUGGAGUUGUUAUCCAGCAAAUAUUCGCGUAUUUAGAUGAAACUGUGCCCUCUGAUGAUGGAAAGGAUGCUUGGAUUUUUGAUGUGGAUGACACUUGCCUCUCAAAUGUUAUGUACUACGGGAACAAGCGCUUUGGAGGUGUUCCAUAUGAUCCUAUGUCCUUUAAGAGCUGGGCAGAGAGAGGAAUGUGCCCAGCAAUUCCUGCAGUUCUUGGAUUAUACAGAAGGUUGCUACAAAGUGGCUACAAGGUUUUUCUUAUUACUGGAAGAGAUGAAGUAACAUUAAGACUAUCAACAACUCAGAAUUUGUUCAUGCAAGGAUUUCUAGGCUAUGAGAAGCUGAUCAUGAGAAAUCCAUUAUACAGAGGAAUGGGAGCAGCAAUGUUCAAAUCUUCAAUGAGAAAGCAAUUGGUUGACGAGGGUUAUAGAAUCAGAGGAAACAUUGGAGAUCAAUGGAGCGAUUUGAUGGGAGAUUGUUCUGGUGAUCGUACAUUUAAAUUGCCUAAUCCAAUGUAUUUUGUCCCUUGAAGCAAAUUGUAUGCAUGUUCUCUAUGUUCGGAGUGUGGCCAAAGUAAGCCAUACUUGAAUAUUUACAAGUUUUUCUUGCUUUUCUUAGCUUCAUCAUAAAUCAAAUUAAGGUUUUCAAAAUAAAAGCAACUUAUGAAAUGAAAAGGAAAUAGUUUUCUAUCGAUGAAUUGUCGUUAGGGGUGCGAAAAAAUAUCUGUGCU